AUGGAGCAAGCACACGCUCGGUCUCUUGCGGCCCUGCAACAAUACAUCUACCAGGUCACCACUACCAAGAACGCUUCCCCACGAUUUCUCGCCAAUGUGAUCAAACAAGCAACCGAAGCGCCUGGCACAUUUGUCUUCACAGAACUUCUGCAGCUCGCCGCCAUACAAUCACUGAGGGCAGACGACACUCCUGCCGAGUUUCGCGCAUACCUGACCAUCCUUGAGAUCUUCAGUUGGGGCACCUAUGACGAGUACAAGCAAACUCCCAGUCUACCAGAGCUCAAUGAAGCUCAGACACAUAAACUGGAACAGCUCAGUUUGCUAACACUCGCCUCGCCUUUCGUCAAUGCCAGCCCGGGCAGCAAUAGCCUCACCUACGCCACGCUGCUAGCCGCAUUGUCCCUGCCUGACGCAGCCGCCCUGGAGUCACUGGUCACAUCAUGCAUCUACUCAGGUCUCUUGACAGCCCGGUUAUCGCCCACCUCCGACCCUCCUGCUGUACACAUUCACACUGUCGCUCCACUGCGGGAUCUCCGACCACAGUCUCUCCCGGCGAUGCUCCAGAUCUUGGCUACCUGGUCAAAGCGCUGCGACGGUGUGAUUGUAGACCUUGAGAACCACAUCAACAACAUCAAGCAGCAGGCCCUUCAUCGACAUCAGCUGGCAACAAAGCGACAGGGCGUCAUCGACAAGGCUGUGGUGUAUGGUGACGCACCGGGUAAGAAGAGCGGUAAAGGCGACGGCCAACGUGGCAGCAAGCGAGAUCUGGACGAUGGUGCAGUCAGCGAUGACGAGGUCAUGGAGAUGGACGAAGGCAUUGGAGAGAUCGACAGCGGCCGAGGCGGCUCAAGCAGUGCUGCACGGGGUACAAAGCGUGGCCGAGGUCGGGGCUGA